AUGGUUCUACGUGAGAAGGGUCCUAUGCUGGUUGGAGUCCUCUGGUUUGAGGUUUUCAUAUGCAUGGUGGUACUGGGGCUGCGACUGUACACUAGGACCAUGAUUCGCCGGAACAUUGGCUGGGAUGACCUCUUGCUUCUUAUAUCGUUUGUUUUGAUGGUUGCAUUUGCUGGUCUCUGCACUGCGUCUGCAGAGUAUGGAAUGGGGGUUCAUGCGACGGAUCUCUCGACCGAUGAACAAGUGAAAGGCAUGCUGCUACUCUUGGCUGGCCAGAGCGUGAUAUCCAUUUCAAUGGGUAUUAGUAAAUGUGCCGUCGCAGCUUUCUUGAUGCGUAUUGUUGUCAGCAAAUGGCACAAGGCAUUUCUAUGGUUUUGGAACAUCACCAUUAUGUUUUUGAGUAUUCUACUGGCAAUAAGUGUUUUUGCACAGUGUACACCAGCCAAAUCAAUUUGGGACGGGCGUGUGAAAGCUACGAGCUGCCCCAUAAAUAUGCCCAUGGUUGCGACCGUUAUGUGUGCAUGGGCCGCCGUGUUGGACUUUGUGCUUGCCAUCUUUCCUUGGUACGCACUGUGGAACUUGAACAUGAAGCAAAAGGAAAAGAUCACAAUCUGCAUAUCAUUGAGUCUGGGUAUCUUUGCUGGUGUUUGUGGUGUCAUUCGAACAUCUGGCCUCAACGCGUUGACCGUGUCCACCGACUACUUAUACGCGACAACCGAAUCUGUCAUCUGGACAAACUCCGAACUUACAACAACCAUCAUUUGCGUCAGCGUUCCUGCCCUGCGUCCCCUCUACCGUUCCCUCCGGGGCCAAAACUCGUCCAACGAUGCGUCGAACUACAACAACCUUGGAAACUCUUAUGGCAAGAGCAGCAACAACAACAGAAGCAGACAGCCAAGCUAUGGCAUGGAUACGCUCGUGACUACCACGAUUCAAGGGAAAGGGGAUGGUAUGGAUAUCAAUAGUGGAAAGAAUAUUGAACUUGACGACGGAGAAGACAUCGACACCCGACGUAUCUUACCUAGCCAUGGUUUUGACACACAUAAUAUAUACCAGGUCAAAGAGGUCACCGUCUCUUACGAGGAAAGAAGGAAUGAUGGAAUGGCGGGUGAUAGCAUGCCUAGCGCUCCAGUCAGGGCAAGACAACAUAUCUAA